UGGUCCAAUCAGGAUCCGGGACUUGGACUGGUCCACUCGGCCCCGCUUCUCCUCCUGCAGAACUCCAAGUGGAGUGAAGCUGAACUAACUCCUCCAGGAGGGUCUUCAUCACGUCAUCAGGGCCGUCGCGUGCUCCUCUUCACCCUGACCAGGACCGGACCAGGACCGGACCAGGACUAACCGACGUGCUCCUGGACCGGAUCUUGAGACAGAGUCCUGCUGAUGGUCAGACUGAGAUGAAGAGGCCAUGGAGAGACGGAUGUGUGGAGUCCGACACAUGUGCACCCUGACCCUGCUGCUGGUCUCCGUGUGUCCGCUCUGCUGCAGAGCCAGCUGGAUGUGGUUGGGUGUGACCUCGGUGGGCGUCCCGGAGAAGCUGGGCUGUGCGAACCUCCCUCUGAGCCCCAAACAGCGCGACCUGUGCAGGAAGAAGCUCUUUCUGCUGCCCAGCAUCCAGGACGGAGCCCGGCUCGCCAUCACAGAGUGUCAGAGCCAGUUCAGACACGAGAGGUGGAACUGCUCCACCAGAGACCAACCGCCCGUGUUCGGAUACGAGUCCACGAGCGGAACCAAAGAAACAGCAUUUAUCUACGCGGUGAUGGCAGCAGGGCUCGUCCACGCCGUCACACGCUCCUGCAGUCACGGCAACAUGACGGAGUGUGGCUGUGACAGUCGGCUGCAGGGCACCGGCUCAACUGCAGAGGGUUGGCACUGGGGCGGCUGCUCAGACCACAUCCAGUACGGGACCUGGUUCAGCCGCAAGUUCAUUGACAAUGGCGUCAAGAACAUGUCAACAACCAGAGGAGGAUACACGCUGACCACCAUGAACCAGCACAACACUGAGGUCGGCCGACAGGCCAUUCACCGGACGAUGUCCACACACUGUCGUUGUCAUGGCGUCUCUGGCUCCUGUGCAGUGAAGACGUGUUGGAAGACGAUGGCGGCAUUUGAGCAUGUCGGUGCGUACCUGAAGGAGCGGUACGAGCGCAGCAUCCAGGUGUUGGACCGGUCAAGGAGGAAAACGAGGAGAAAGGAUCAGCGUCGCCUCCCUGACAAACAGCAGCUCAUCUUCCUCAACAAAUCCCCAAACUACUGUCUCGAGGACCAGCGGCGAGGUGUGGCCGGCACCAGAGGACGCCGCUGCAACCGGUCCUCUACCGGCUCUGAUGGCUGCAACCUGCUGUGCUGUGGUAGAGGAUACAACACACAUGUAGUGAGACACGUCGAGCGCUGCGAGUGCAAGUUUGUCUGGUGCUGCUACGUCCGCUGCAGGCGCUGUGAGAGCAUGAACGACAUGCACACCUGUAAAUAAAGACAACAACACACCUGUAAAUAGAGACGACAACACACCUGGAAAUAAAGACAACACACCUGGAAAUAAAGACGACAACACACCUGGAUAUAAAGACGAGAACACACCUGGAAAUAAAGACAACACACCUGGAUAUAAAGACAACAACACACCUGUAAAUAAAGACGACAACACACCUGUAA